CACACCGUUCUUAAAACGAGCAUUCAAUUCAAAUGAGAAAAUUCACCCUGAUAUUUUAAACAUUUCAUUUGUGACUCUAUUUACUUCACGUUACGUGUCCAGCCUCGAUAUUAAACACAAACAAAUACAGGUUGAUCAUAAUUAUGCACGUCUCUCCAUUACUUUGUGUGAAAUUGCGCACACUUAAUAAAAAUAUGAAUGGAUACCACUUUGAAGUGAUUAAUUAUCCCUACACAAAGUUCAAGCCCCCAGUUUUGGGACAUUUGUGCAUAUGGCGGAGGCGCACUAAUGGAGAUCCGAGGUGAAAUUGAAGGAGGCGAUUUGGGAUUAACCCUAGGUCUCUACACAUCGUAGGCGGGUUUUCUCCCUGUUCAAUUGCCCGUCAGUAAACGACAUUGCGCGGUUCUGAUAAAAAAUCAGUUCCAUUUUUAUACGUGUCUUCAAGCGCGCUCCCGUCAAGCAGUUAGUCGCCCGCACCUGUGUGAGAGAGCACGAGGAGACACCUUUCAUUUCACCAUUGACAGUUUCCCCCUCAUUAAAUAAUUGUUUACUGAAAUAACCAUACACAUACCAAUUACCCAGGUGAUACAAUUUUACUCGAAUAACAACUGCUUUCUUUGCCCUGUCACAACAACAUAGCAGCUAACGUAAUUUAGCCAGCUAGUUACUGUAGCAUAGGACGAUCUGAGGAAACGUUUCAGAUUUCUUCUAGUCUUGAUUACCACGGCUGACUCUGAGACCACACUACUAUCUGUUCUAAGCAAAGCAGGUCAGGAACACUCCCUCAGAAAACAUUUCACUAGUGACCAUUCAUGAACAAAUCAGCAGCAUGAUGACACACACACACAGCUGGUGCCAGACACCCCCCUCAGUCACGGUGAGAAUCAAACCCAACACAGCACACACCCUCCAGAUCAAGAGAGGCCUGAGGCUGAAGAGACCCAACCUGCAAGUGGCCCAGGGGCCUCCGGGCAAGAGUCAACCCAGCCAAAGUCAUGUCGAGGCCGCAAAGGGCAAAAUCAUAUGGGGCCCGACGCUUGUCAUUCAACGAGAGGAGAUGGCAGCCUUCUUCAGACUUUUUGAUGACGAUUUGAUACAAGACUUUCUGUGGAUGGACUGCUGUUGCAAAGUCACAGACAAGUACCUUCUAGCCAUGGCGUUUGUCUACUUCAAGAGGGCUCGCUUCAGUAUUGGCGAGCACAACAGAACAAACUUUUUCAUUGCACUAUACCUAGCCAACACCAUGGAGGAGGACGAGGAGGAGAGCAAGUACGAGAUCUUCCCAUGGGCGCUUGGCAAGACCUGGAGGAAGCACUUCCCUCGCUUUCUCAAGCAGCGGGACAAGCUGUGGGCUCGCAUCGAGUACCGGGCUGCCGUCAGCCGCCGCUGCUGCGAGGAGGUGAUGGCCAUCGUGCCUACCCACUUCAUCUGGCAGCGGGAGCGCGCCGAGCACCACAGCGGCGCUCAGCGGUUCUACAUUGGCGACCGGGAGAAGGUCCACAUGCCCCGUGGGCCCUCCGCCUCCCCCGCCCCCUGUGCCCUCUGCGCCAAGAGCUCCGGCCUGGGCUUCUCUUCCUCCUCGGCCUCUGGAUCCUCAACCUCCCUUACCCCCUCCCCGCUACCAUUUGCCGUGGCCCUCUCCCUGGAGACUACUCCACCCAGGUCCCAGGCUUCAUCCUCCCGCAGACCGGGCCAAAGAAAGACCAAGGUCCAAACCAAGGCCCAGCACCCCUGCUGCUGCACAGAGGAGGCCCCAAGUGAGUGCAGGCGUUGGUUACAGGACGGCUGUGCUAUGGUUAAUUUCUUAAUCAUAAUUUGGAAGCAAAAUGAUGACUACAUAUUGAUUGGCAAGGUUUGCUUGAAUUUACAUUAAAAUAGAAUCAAUGUAGAGUGACAGCAGCCAAGUUUUUCUGAAUCAAUUUCUAACUUAUGUUCUGAAGUAAAACACCCAGCAAAGGUUUGUUAGACCCUCAAGAUAUUAUCUUGCUCCUUUAACAACACUCAUGUCUUAGCUAACAAUUUGAAUGUGUUUCGUCAGGGAACGAGUCUUAUUGUGGAGCAGGACACGACCCGUCUAUGGACUGGAUCAACGAGGAGUAGAAUAGUACUACAAAAACCAACUCGGGACUACAUUUCCCAACCCUGGUCCUGUGAUGCACUGAUACCCUACUUGUGCUUUUCAUUCUGUGAAGCAUAUAUUUAGUUUUCAUUACAUCUAUAGAAUGCCAAUUUACUGCUCUACCUCGAUUAGGUGGUUUAAAUGGAAACUAGCAUCCACAGGGGACUAAAUCCUAUCUUGAGGAUUUGUGUAACUAACUUGUAGGUGUUACUCAAACUUGAGUGUAGUUUUGUCUCAUUUAUCAAGUUAGGAAUUGGUUCAGGGCUUCUUUGAUCAGGGUUUAACUUUAUAUAAAGGCAUGUAACAUUUCCCUCAACUGUCCUGACACGUCAUGAAAUGUGAAACAUUUCAGUUAAAACAUUUGCUUCACUUUGUUCUGUGUAUACUUUUUAUAUACAAAACCUGUACAAGGACUUAAGUCAAACUCUCGGGGCAUCUGUGUAGUCAACGUCUUUGCUAUUAUUCCUUAAAGGUGGACACGCUUCAUUUAACAACUGAUUAAUCCCUCAAAACACUUAUUUAUUUGCUAUAGCACUUCAAGGUCUUGCACAUUGGGUGGAUCCUGUAAUGGAUUUGCGGCAGGAACCUUUGACUAAUUCCUUUAAUAUAAAUCAGCUGGAAGGAUAUGUACAGCAUUUGAUCCAUGAGUGAAGGCUUUAUUGGUCAAUGGGGUUACAGUGGGUAUGUUCUGUGAUACUGAUGUGCCAGUCUAAUGGCCUUACAAUAAAGGCUUCUUAUGUC